AUGAGUUCGCCAGCGCAAGGAGGGCCGUCGGCCUCCAAGGAGAAGGAGGAGAAGGGGUUGAGGAAGAGGGUCUUGUCGAGGGUGAAGACAGUUUUGAAGAAGGCCACCGAUUCGUCUCGUCGCACGUCCGUCGCCGCCGCACAACCCGAGACGACAACCACUCCCGCCGUGGCUUCCACGAGUCAAACCGCGCCCGUGGCAGAAGUUCCCGCGGCCGUGGAAGCCACCAAGAUCCCGAGAUCUCAAAUCUUCGCGGAGCGGGCGAAGAAGCUCGGCGAACUCUACGGUCUGGAAUUGCCGCCUAGCGAGUGGCACAAGACCGAGGGCCACGCCCUCCGCGUCGAGAAGCCUAUCAGGAUGCGGGUGCACAGGAAGUGCCAUCUCUGCAGCACCUCGUUUGGCAGAGACCGGGAAUGCCCUAACUGUGCGCACCCGCGUUGCAAGCAGUGCCCGCGCAUCCCCCCGAAGCGCACCGAGGCCGAGAAGGAGGAGAGCCGCAAGAAGCGGGCGGCCAUCAUCAAGGAACGGGCCGAGAAGGCACCCAUUAUCCCUGACUGGAAUCCGACUCCGAAGAAGAUCAUCCUUAAGCGGCCGGCCAAGACAGGAGGCCAGGACCUUUACUACAGGAAGCCCCGACAACGUAUCCGGAGAACGUGUUGCGAGUGCCAGAAACUGUUCACCGGGACCAAGAUCUGCGAGGGUUGCCAGCACGCGCGUUGCACCGAUUGCCCUCGGGACCCCCCUAAGAAGGACAAGUACCCGUACGGCUAUCCUGGAGACGCUCCAAGCGCGAGGAUCGGGCAUUACCAAUGCGCUAGUUGCAAACAUGUCUUCUCUUCGCCGCCGACGGAGCAACAGGCCUGCGCCAAAUGCUCACACGGCCAGUGCGACAGGCUAACUCCGAGGAAGGUGGAGCCGGAACCCGAUCCUGAAGUCCUGAAGAGCUUACAGGCGAGACUGGAGAGCCUGAAGCUCAAGUGA